AUGCCCGUCCAGCAACACGUCCUGAACUGGCUUUAUAGCAUCCUCACAAGCGAAUACCACGAUGUGAACCGCACAUAUAACGACGUCGCCCAGGCUCUGUCGCAGUAUCCCUCGUUGUCGCCGCGCACCGAUGUCCACACCUUCGACACUGGCGCGUCUGCUCUUCUACUCCAUCUCUCCGGUACCAUACCGGUCAUCUUCAGAGGGACGACGUAUCGAUUCCCCAUCUCAGUAUGGGUUCCUCACGCAUACCCCCGAGAGGCACCUCUCGUCUACGUCACUCCCACCGAGUCCAUGAUGGUCCGUCCCGGCCAGCACGUAGACCCCCAGGGCCAGGUCUACCACCCUUACCUCGUGGGCUGGUCCGCCUUCUGGGAUAAAUCAACCAUUCUCGAUUUCCUAGCAAUCCUCCGAGAUGUCUUCGCCAAGGAGCCCCCAGUCAUCGCUCGACCGCAAGGAAGACAGCAGCAGCAGCAGCCAGCAACACCCGCUCCCCCUCCUCAAUCACACGGCCAGUCACCACCACCGCUACCUCCUCACCCGACCAGCCGUCCGCCGACACAGACGCCAUUAGACGACUCUCGACCUCCGCCGCCGCCGCCCAAGACGUCCAGCACCCAGCCUUCGUACCGUAGCCCUCCACCUCCCGCCGACGCUAGGAACGGCCCUCCUCUUCCACCUCUGCCCCCGGGUGUCCGUGGAGAGCACGCCGGACAGCAGCCGCCUCGGCCCCAGAGCCAGAGCUACUCCCGCUACGACUCCGCGCCGCCUCUACCCCCAGCCGCCGGUGCCCAGCACCCGCAGCACCCAUCGACCAUGUCUCCGCGCCUGCAAAGCGAGUUCCAACCCCAGCCGCCGCCGCAGGUUCACCCAGACGGGGCGCCCCAGCACCCAGGAUCCUUCGCAGACCCCCGCCGCGCCUCGGCUCACCUACCUCCUCAACAGCUCGCCCAGCAGUACAACGGUCCCCCGCCCGGCUGGCAACCGGCUCCAGGACAAUACCAGCAACCACCACCACAACAACAUCAACAGCCACCCCCUCAGCAACAACACCAACCGCCGCCGCCACAAGCACAGAAGCCAGCCCCGCCACCGGAUCUCCUCGACGAGCCUCUCACGCUCAGCAUCCCGUCGCCGUCCUCCGUACCCGCGCCGCCGAUACCUCCCAAUCCCGAAAAGGACGCCCUGCUACACCAGCUCGCACAAGGCCUCCACUUCCGCCGCCAGCGUAGCAGGCAACAGAACGAGGAGAGCAUGACGGGCCUCCAGGCGCAGCGGACAGCCAUGCUGAACGCCUUCUCGACUCUGCAGUCCGAGAUGAGCACCCUCAGCCAGACGUCGGCCUUGCUCCAAUCCAACGCGAAUAUCCUCGUCGAUGCUCUCCGUAAGGCCGACGCGGUCAUCGAGGGAUCUUCUCGCCAAACGGCUCCAGACAUCGAUGAGUUGUUGGUAGCGCCCACGGUCGUGGCUAAUCAGCUAUACAACCUCGUGGCCGAGGAGAAGGCCAUUGGUGAUACCAUCUUCGUCCUGGGCCGGGCUGUGGAACGGGGCCGCAUAUCACCAGCUGUAUUUGCCAAGACCACUCGCUCGCUAGCUCGUGAGUGGUAUUUGAAGAAGGCAUUGGUCCGGAAGAUAGGAAAAGGGAUGGGACUUGCAGCGUAG